GUCGCUGCAGCGUUCGUUCAGGCAGAAGGUUAGGUGCCGGGAGCAAAGAACGUACAUCCAGUUCUCAGUAUGCAUCAGAAAAAUGAAAAAACAGAAGAAAAUUCUAUGGAAGAAAGGAAUUCACUUAGCUUUUUCUGAGAAAUGGAAUGCGGGGUUUGGAAGCUUUAAGAAGUUUUACUUUCCCCAAAACUUGUGCUUUCUGAAAGCUAAACUGGGAAGGCCAGUUGUUUGGCAUCGGCAGUUGAAGCAUUUCCAGUGUAAUAAGAAGGAUCUUCACAUCCAGAAAACAUGGAUCCAGGAUGUACCACUUUGUUCAAAGACAAAGUCUGGAGUGGCUACUCAAAAUGUUAGUACUUUGUUCCCCAAAGUGAAAAGAAAGGACACUAAACACUUCAUUUCCUCCUCAAGGAGUCUCCUGAAACUCCAAGCAGAUAAAUUACUGUCUUCAACAAAGAACUUGGACCAUGAAUACUGUAAAGAGAAAAGCCUUCUGAAGGCAGUUACUGGCUUGUCAGCAAAUACUGUUUUAGGUAAGGCCAAUGGUCACAAACCUAGCACAGACCUACAAGCUUCAGACUUUCCCAUGAAGUUCAAUGGGGAGAGCCAAAGUCCAGGUGACAGUGGCAAGACUGUGGUCUUGAACAAACAUAGAAAGCGAGUUUGUUAUGGCUGCUACCAAGGGCUAGAGCACCACAGGAACAGGAGACCCCUGAUUCCAAAAAAGUUCCAACUUAACCAACAUCGAAGAGUCAAAGUGUCUCUUAUGAUGUAUGAGAAAUUAUCCAUGAUUAAGUUUCGGUAUAGGAUUUUCAGAUCCCAGCACUUCAGAACGAAAAGCAGAGUUUGCAAGCUAAGAAAAGCUCAGCGAAGCUGGGUGCAGAAGGUCACUGGGGACCAUCAAGAGAACCUUAGGGAUAUUAACACUGAGGGUGGCAGUUGCAGCCCAGUUCCUUCCCUAGAACCUAAAGACCCUUGUCGGUGUCAGCCAUACUUUCCAGACAUGGACAGCAGUGCUGUGGUGAAGGGAAAAAACUGUCAUGUGCCUGAUGGCCACACUAAAGAAAGCCCUGUCUUGGACAAGGAGCAUGGUUUAGAUGAAGCAUUCCCUGACCAGCAGAAUGGCAGUGCCACAUACACUUGGGACCAGGCAUCCUCUUCUCCUAAGUGGGAGUGUACAGAGCAGAUUCAUGAGAUCCCUUUGAUGGAACAUCCUAGUGACAAGUUCACUCCGGAGACUGAAAGAGCACUUAUGACUCUGGGUCAGGAAAGCGGGACAAGUGCUGUCAUCGAUGACAGAGUGAAACUGUCAGUGUCUGGAGCAGACAGAUCUGUGAGUAGUGUAGAUGGACCUGUGUCUGAGGAGCCUGAGCAGAACGAGAACUGCCAGAUGGAGGAGGAUGGGUCUCUCAAGCAGAACAUUCUUAGUUCUAAGCUGCUGGACCACCCUUACUGUAAAAGUCCACUGGACGCUCCCUUGGUGUGCAGUGAACUCAAAGUAGAAAACCAAAUGGCAGGUGGCAGGAGCAGCCAGACAGCGUCUCCAGUGGAUGACGAGCAGCUCUCGACCUGCCUCUCUGGAUUCCUAGAUGAGGUUAUGAAAAAGUAUGGAAGUCUGGUCCCACUCAGUGAAAAAGAUGUCCUUGGGAGAUUAAAAGAUGUCUUUAAUGAAGACUUUUCUAAUAGAAAACCAUUUAUCAAUAGGGAAAUAACAAACUACCGGGCCAGACAUCAAAAGUGUAACUUCCGAAUCUUCUACAAUAAGCACAUGCUGGACAUGGAUGAUCUGGCAACUUUGGAUGGUCAAAAUUGGUUGAAUGACCAGGUUAUUAAUAUGUAUGGCGAGCUGAUAAUGGAUGCAGUCCCAGACAAAGUCCACUUCUUCAACAGUUUUUUCCAUAGACAGCUGGUAACCAAAGGCUAUAAUGGAGUUAAGAGAUGGACGAAGAAGGUGGACUUGUUUAAAAAGAGUCUUCUGUUGAUUCCCAUCCACCUGGAGGUCCACUGGUCUCUCAUUACUGUGACACUCUCCAGUCGGAUUAUUUCAUUUUAUGAUUCCCAAGGCAUUCAUUUUAAAUUUUGUGUAGAGAAUAUAAGAAAGUAUUUGCUGACUGAAGCUAGAGAAAAAAAUAGACCUGAAUUUCUUCAGGGUUGGCAGACUGCUGUUACAAAGUGUAUUCCACAACAGAAAAAUGACAGUGACUGUGGAGUCUUUGUGCUCCAGUACUGCAAGUGCCUCGCCCUAGAGCAGCCUUUCCAGUUUUCUCAAGAAGACAUGCCUCGCGUGCGGAAGAGGAUCUAUAAGGAGUUGUGUGAGUGUCGGCUCCUGGACUGAGACUCACUCAGCAGGGACUCCAGAAGGCGCCAUGUUGGAGCAGAUGGUUUGUUACUUGAAUCUCCAGACACUUACUGAAUCUUUACAGAUAUUUCAGAUUGGUGGUAUUGGGCCACUUAUUGUUACCUCAGAUUUAUGUUUUGCCCUUCAUUUCUCCUGCUAUCAUGUACUUUUUUUUAAUGUUCAAUUUAGUUUCAUUUUUAACUUUAUGAAUUCCAUACGUCCCUCCCAUAUUUAAUAUUUAUUAUCCAAACGCAUGCAUAUAGACAGAGCAUGCAGUAAAGAGUAUUAAAAAAAGCCUAGUAGAUUUGGUGCAGCUUUUGAAACAUAGUUAGAUAUGAACUGAAUACAGGUUUAAAAGUUAACCCCAGAAUCUAAAAAUGCAAGAUGUUUUUGAUACAGCAUAGCUCAGAGUAGAUGUUCCCUAUGGCAUAAAGGGUAGCUAGGAGUGCUGUGGAAAAGCCAGUCACGUUUCACUUACACCAGCAGCAGGUUUUGCUGAUAGUCCUCAGAUGAGUCUCCAGCAUGAGACAUAUUCCUUCUGAAGGUGAGAGGGGCUAUUCUGCUUAGGGAUAUGGUGCUUGCAAGCACAGUGCUGAUUUGACAAGAGUGAAGGUAUGAGGGGAAAAAAGGCAGCAUCCUUGGUGCCAGUUACCUUAUUUGUAAAAAAUCAGGGGGAGGGUUGUUUUGUUUUGAGACAAAGUCUCACUAUGUAGCUCAAGCUGUCCUGGAGCUCACAGUAGCUAGGCUGGCCACAAACUCCAGCUAAACCUGUCUCUGUCUCCCCAGUGCUGGUAAUAUCGGUACAUACCAACACACAAGAUUCCCAUUUUGGUUUUAUGAAUUAUAAUAUGUAGAUUAAAUCUCAUAAAGGCUUUUCCUGAGACAUUGAAUUUUCUUGGAUUUUUUUUUUUCUGGGUUUGGCUUGUAAAAAAAAACUUAACAUCCAUCAAACUCAUGGUUAAAUAAAUGAGAAUUUGGCUUUCCAUGGAAGUAAUUUGCUAGUUAUCACCUCUGUGUUGCUGCCCAUGUACUCCAAGGCAUUUAAGAUUUACCCCAAAUCUACUUCAAGGCAUAUAAAAUACAAACACUCAAAGUAGAAGACUGCCGUGUGGUCUUCUGCAGAUGGUGGGAGAAGAGGGGAGGGAGAGCAGUGGCGAGGGAUGUUCUCUCCAGUCUUCUCUGGUGGUUCAGCAUCCCAAGGGGCUCUUUUGGCUUCCACAAGAACAGUCCGAAUCCUGUACUCAAGAACUGUCCUGUUUAUUGAACAGGCUGUACAGCAGUUCUGUCCUAUGGAUUAAGACGAAAUGGUAGAGCUUGCAUCUUUAAUCUGGCCUUUUGUGACAUGUUUAAAAGGAAUAUAAGAUGCAUAUUAAGCCAAACCAUUUUUCUUUCUCCCAGAAUUGGAGGGAAGCAUAAUUAACUUGUGUAGAAAACUACCAAGUACGUGACAGAGUAACUGCCUAGUUAGGCAUGAGAUGUUUGUAAAACAGAAAAGGCAAAAUGGGUGAGUAGAGCUUACUGCCUCAGUUAGGGCUGAAUCACCUAGGUUUACAUGCAGGAUUCUCAGCAGCAGUACGGACACAGCAACAGCCAUAGCAGUCUUCUCUCCUCAGUUAGCCAGACUGAGUUCUUAGCAUAAAACCAGAUCAACAUUUCUUGUGCUUCAGGUCAUUAUAAAGACUGAGGUAGAGGCACUUUAUGUUGCUACAGGUUAAGGUUGUGUCACCACUGGGGAAGAUGAGAAUUUAGAUAGGGGAAGAUCUCUUUAUUGUUUUUGUAGUACUGGGGAAUGGACAUGGCCUAUUUGUAUAUUAGGCAAGUGCUCCACCACUGACCUACAACUGUAGCCUUCUUUAUACAUUUUUGUAUUUUGAGACAUGGUCUUAUUGCCUAGGCUGGUCUCAAAUUUGCUCAGUGGCUGAGCCUGAUUUUCAGUUUAUAUUCCUGUCACCCAAGUAACUAGGAUUACAGGCCAGGCUGCUUGAAGAUCUUUUAGGGAAGGGGUUUGGGGAGAAGGGUCUUGUAUGUCAGACUAGCUUCAAAAAACCUCACCGUGUAGCUGAAUUCCUAGUCCUCUCCCAGGUGCUAGGAUUAUAGGUCUGUUGCCAUGCCCACCUAAGGAUGUAGUCUUAAGACUUUCAGACAUAAUUAUACCAGCAUGAGCUUCUUCAAAAUUGAUAUGUAAGACGUUACUGUGGGAUUUUGUUGGUGUGUCUAUACUGAAAUAGCCAGUAGUAAGAUGACUGAUUCAUAUGUCUUAAGGAAGUAGCUCACUUCCCCAAUGAGACACUUCAUGCACAAGUUACAGUUGUGUUCCUUUGAGAUUCUUGUUGAAACAGGGUCUUUGUUUAAUUUAGCCAAGGCUGGCCUCAAACUUGCAGUCCUUCUGCCUCAGCCUCCCUGAUGUUUAGAUUACUUGGGUGCAUCAGUAUGACCAAUGGCUGGGACAGUCAUCAUGCCCCGAGCCUGAGUUGCCACUUCUCCAGUCUGAGAAACCGUCAUAUCGGCUGUGAGGUAUGCAGGACUGAACAGAGACUCAAGCCAUCCGAGUCCAGUUACUCUUUCCUUUCUAGCAUGAUAGGACACCUUCACGUGUGCUAUUCAGCUUGCUUUAGCCUCCAUGCUGGGUCUUUUCAGUAUGUUGUACACCUGUUUCUGUUAUUAGUGAGACUUGGUUUCAGCACACAAUUGUUCUUUCUUGUAAUUACAUGUAAACCUCUGUUUAGCUUUCAAAUCCUAGAUUGCAGAAUCUUUUGUCUUGAUGUUUGCAGUAAUGCUUUACUGUCACUGGCUUGGCACUGAAUUUUGAUAUCCAUCAAGUACUGGCAGACUUUAUGUCACUGGGGAUGAAUGUAAGCCUUGCACAAACUUAAGAGCUAUUCAUAUAUGUAUGAUGAGCCUUCAGCAAGCUGCCCAGUCCUCAUGGGAAAACUGGCUGUAGUUGCGUCUUUCCAGUAAUAUUUCCUUUUGUUAAACCUCUAGCAAUCAAUAUAGACUUAAUUCAUCUUUUAGUUUUCUUAGGAAUCAUGGAGACUUAACUUUCAGUUGGCCUCUCAAGGAAGAGAAAAGUUGCUGCCAAUAACUUCACAGCACAUUUUUGGCUUUGCACUGUAUUCUCUGUUUACUAUUGAAUAUGAAUAACAUGGUCAUCAUGAGUUUAUGGUUGGAAUACAACAGUAACAGAGCUAACUAGGGACACAGCCAGUACUCAUCUGAUGUGACUUGUCCCUUUCCUCUGCAGUUGGGGCUCACUGCUUCUUCCCUGCCUUAGGAGCCAUUGGGAGUCUAAGUGGGUCAGAGACAGUGAGUUAAAUACACUGAUUUAUCUGCUGUGCUUCUUUAUGUUAAGAGACCAAGUUAAUCAACAAUUAUAAAGUACAUAGUUUUGCUAUGUGGUAGGCUCUGCCUCCUGGCUGGUAGAUAUCUAAGAUCUGGGGAAUAGCAUCUAAGAAAUGCUAUUGUAUUUGGGAGUCACAAAAGCAGACCUAGACAAGUUGUUCACUUGAAUGAUACCUGUUGGUCAGAAAGUUUUAUUAAAAGAUUAUGAUCAUGUAAAAUUAGUCAGUACUCAACCCUUCUAGCAAAAUAUUUUUUUGAAAAAUAAACUAAAUGCCUUUAUAAACA